CGCCGCGGAUCCGAAGCUCCCGGGACCCCGAAGGUACAUCCUCCUAAAGAAGGUUAAAUCAGGGGAUCUUAAAUCAGUUACCUCUCUGCCUCAGGCUGGAGUGAGUCCUUCUAAGUUAAUCCCAGAAUGGCUUCAACAGGGGAACAGGAUGGACUUAAUAUUGUGAAGGUGGAGGAAGACCCUAUCUGGGACCAAGGAACCUACCUUCAGGAGAACAGAUUUUCUGGCCAGGAGGCCUCCCGCCAACUGUUUAGGCACUUUUGUUACCAAGAGACUCCUGGUCCCCGAGAAGCACUGAGCCGGCUCCGGGAACUCUGUCAUCAGUGGCUGAGGCCAGACACACAUACCAAGGAGCAAAUCCUGGAGCUCCUGGUGCUGGAGCAGUUCCUGACCAUCCUGCCUGAGGAGCUCCAGGCCUGGGUGCAGAAGCACCAUCCCGAGAAUGGGGAGGAGGCGGUGGCUGCAGUUGAAGAUCUGGAGCGAGAGCUAAGUGAGCCAGAGAACCAGGCCCCAGACUGUGAACGUGGACAUUCUGAAGUGCUGUCAGGGGAUGCAGUGCAUUUGAAGGCCAAGCAGGAAUCAACAGCUCUCCAGGUUCAGUCCAUGGUGACACAGCUCAAAUGUGAAUCUUUUGGGCCCCACAAAUUUGGAGAACAAGAUGGUGAAACUGUACUUGAAAACCAGGACUUGGCAUCGAAACAAGAAGUCUUAAAAGAAAUGGGGCAUUUUGAGAAUAGCAGACUCCAAAGAGAUGUUCCUUUAGAUUCUAAGUACAGAGAAACUUGUAAACGUGAGAGCAGGGUAGAAAAGCAGAGGGGACACCCCACUGGAGAGAGACGUCACAGGUGCAAUGAAUGUGGGAAAAGCUUUACUCAGAGUUCAGUUCUCAUUCAGCACCAGAGAAUCCACACUGGGGAGAAGCCAUAUGAAUGUGAAGAAUGUGGAAAGACCUUCAGCCAGAGGUCAGGCCUGGUUGAACAUCAGCGGAGCCACACUGGAGAGAAACCCUAUCAAUGUAAGGAUUGUGGGAAAGCCUUCAGUGCCAGCAAUGGCCUCAUUAGACACAGAAGGAUCCACACAGGGGAAAAACCAUAUGAAUGUGAAGAGUGUGGGAAAGCCUUCCGCCUGAGCUCCUACCUUGUUCAGCAUCAGAGGAUACACACUGGAGAGAAGCGCUAUCGCUGUAACGAGUGUGGUAAAGCCUUCAGUCAGAAUGCGGGGCUUUUCCAGCAUCUCCGAAUCCACACUGGUGAGAAACCCUAUCAAUGCAGUCAGUGCAGUAAAAGCUUUAGUAGGCGAACACUCCUUAUAAAGCAUCAGAGAAGCCACACUGGAGAGAGACCGUAUGAGUGUGAUGAGUGUGGGAAAGCCUUCAGUCAUCAUUGCAACCUCAUUAGACAUUUUAGAAUCCAUACUGUUGCCAAACUGGACUAAUUCCAUGGACCACCAGGGCACCUAAAUGAGGUGAUCUUGGAAAGUAAGAUUUUCAAGUGGCUUAUUUUGCUCUUAUGAAAUUUAUUUUGCUUUGGAGUGUGUGGCUUUUCUGCACACCAGGUGCUGCUGUCUCCUGGGUGUAUGACUGUUGGCAGUUGCUUGGCAACCUCCUUCUUCCCUACCCCUUGGUUCAUUUCUAAUGAUUUCUCUUAAAGGGACCAAAUCUUACCUGGAGUUAAAUUGGUAUGGAGGGGCUGUUAUUGAGUAAUAUUUAAUAUUGAAUAACU